CCGGCGCAGACCAGAAGACGCACUCAGCUCUUACUGACAAGUAAAAACAGUUUAAACCAAGUUCACCAUCCUGUUGCGCUCAGGAGAUCCACCAGGACCAGAUCUGGAGACCUCGAGUAUGCAGCCGAGGGUCACUCUCAACGCAACGAGCUCAGUCAAAUGGAUGCGUCGGUUCUUGGUACUGAUGCGGGUCAAUAUUUACUCGCCGCAGGACCAGCCGGGGAGCCACAGCCAGGCCCCACGACGCAUCGUAACCACCAGAGAAGCUGUGGCUGUGGGGCACAGUUCACAGCAUGCACCCACCACCCAGGAGUUCUCUGGCAGCGGACUCCCACGAGGAGGCCGGAGUACACCUGGACGUGACGCUGGCGCACAACAGGCCACAGAUUCACCAGGAAGAUCACCGGACUUUACGCACAACCGAGGUGGCAGGAUAAGAUCUGAGAGCUCAGCUGCCCGGUCACCUGCCACAGCUAGAGGUGUCACCAUCUCAGAGGAUAGUGGGAAUGCACGUCGCACCCCCCUGCAAACCAGUUUGGGAGACUCUCGCAGUGCGCAAGCAGCGCACUCACUGACCAGAAUCACCCCGGAGUUAAAUGUUUCUCCCACAGCGCUGUCCAAUAACGCAGUAGAAAUACACUUUCCUCGUCCAAGGCCAGAUACAACACGGACUGCGGACGGGAGUGACCCACGGGAUCCGCACAGUAUUCACCACCGGAACUCAGUUUUCUACAAUAUCUACCCACCAGACCGCAGAAACAUGAUCACAGUGCGCCCUCCACCAGGACCGGGCUAUGGCACCAGAUUCUUCCAUAAUGGCCUCCCAGACUUGGUUCCUGACCCUUACUACAUCCAAGCUGCCUCUUACAUCCAUAGAGUGCAGAUGUAUGCACUUCGCUGUGCUGCUGAGGAGAACUGUCUUUCCAGGUCUGCAAAUCAUCCCAGUGUGAGGGACCUGGACUACAGAGUCCUGCUGCGGUUCCCACAGCGAGUGAAGAACCAAGGAACAGCAGACUUCCUCCCAGUGAAGCCCAGACAUGAAUGGGAAUGGCACAGCUGUCACCAGCAUUACCACAGUAUGGAGGCCUUCAGUAACUAUGACUUGCUGGACGUCUCCACCGGCCAGAAGGUCGCUGAGGGACACAAAGCCAGUUUCUGUCUAGAGGACACGUCCUGUGACCCGGGAAUACGACGACGCUUCGCCUGCACUGCUCACACACAGGGGCUCGGUCCUGGUUGUUAUGAUACUUAUCACGCCAACAUCGACUGCCAGUGGAUUGACAUCACUGAUGUACCACCUGGAGACUACAUACUCCAGGUGACAGUGAACCCUUCUCAGCUGGUUCAGGAGUCAGACUUCUCCAACAAUGAGGUGCGCUGUGACAUCAGGUACACAGGAAGCUACGUCCAGGCAAGAAACUGCAGGAUCACUGUAAGCUGACCUGACUGAAGAUUUCCCCCAGACACAUAUACUUUAUAUCUUCUUGUUGCUCUUUAUGUACAGUUGCUACUCUGUGUGCAGCUGUUUUACAUUCAAAUGUUUGCUACUAUAUAAAUUAAUGUCUUUGUAUUUAUGUCAUAUGAUAUAUUAUAGCUACAGCCCGGCUGGCUACAUGUUAAGUUCUGUUAUUUGUAAGAUUAAGAAUCAUUUUUAAUCGAGGUAAGACUGUGCUGUUAGCUGUGUGUGUGCAGAAAAUGUGAGGAAAGUGUCGUUCACAAGUUAUUCUAAAGGAAGCUUUGCAAAUGUAUUCAGUCACUGUAAGACUAAACUGGUGCUUAAAAAAACAGUGGCGCUCUUCUCCCCUGAAAUGUAUCAGCAUAAACAGAUCCUCUGUCUAAAAUUGACCACAUACUGUACGUACUGGAGUGAAGGAUUUAUGUGCUGUGAAAAAUGUAUAAACCGUAUGCUCUCAUGUGUGUAUUUUGAACAGUAUGGCAUUUAUGAUUUGGUGCGAUUUAUAUUACCCAGCUAUUACCCAACAGCAACGGAUAUUCUGUUAACAAUUUGAUUGUUUGA